AUGCUUGCCGCUGCUGGGGGCCAUGCAGAAUUGGUGGCUGACUUGCUGAAGAAAAAGUCUAUGGUCAAUGCAAAGACCACUGAAUCUUGCACGGCCUUGAGCUUUGCCUUGGAUUGCACAAACGAAGAUGAACAGGCGUUGGAGUGCGUUCGCCUACUUCUAGAAGCCAAGGCUGAUGUCCCUAGGACAUUUCAAUCACGCCAUCAUUUGCAUUGA